AUGUCCACCGAAGAACAACAGAUACCAUCAACAUCUACAACAAAAGAAAUUCAAUAUGAACAAAAUGAAAUUGAAAAUGCUUCUUCUUCAACAGCUGAAUCAUCAAAUCAUACUUUGCGUGAUGAUAAUUUAGAACAUAAUCAUGUGAUGCCUCGUUUUAAUAAACGUGGGAUACCGAUAACCUAUUCAAAACUUUCAGAUCGGUAUACUUUCUCGUUUUCCGCUGAUUUAAUAACCCAGUUCGAUAAAUAUCGAGCACAUAUGCGGGAAAGUAUACGGCAGGAAUUAGAUGUGAAUGAAGAAAAGGCAAUUUACGCAGAAUCUGAUAAGAAUAAAGAAGAAAUAUUUAGUGUACAUCAAGUUCAUCAUGGGCCUGCAACAUCUGAACUUUCAAAUUCACAAGAAACAUCAACAAGAAACAGAUCGACAGAUGAUGCACCAAAAUCUUGUUUACCGACAAAAUCUUCAAAUAAGAAUCAUUGUGGAAAAUCUUUUAGAAUUUCAUUUUUACACGUUGAUCGACAACGUCAAGUUGAAUCCGAAUUUACAAAUAAUCAAAGGAGACAUAAAUCAAGAUUGACAUUUAUCAAAAAAUUACCAUUUGUCUCAAGUUGUACUGUUAAUGAUGAUGAAUAA